GUCGGCCGUUGAUGACGUAGCCAGUGGGACUUUCCGCAUACGUCAUUGGGUGCUUCCGACUUCUUAGCUAACCAGACUGUGGUGUUCUUUAUGUCACACGCUAUAAACAUCGCUCCGCCGCUCCGUAGUGCUGACUAAAAGAAGCCAUGUAGACACCAAAGGGUCCCAGCAUCGCCGACGACUUGGAAUAUUGAGACGUGCUCGUCCGAGGCGACGCCAGCACCGAGAGACGCUAAUGUCAACAACGCGGCCCCUGCUCGGCAUGAAGCGAGUCACCGAGCUCGCCUGCGCGGUGCCGCCCGACAACAGGCUCUCCUCGUCGGCCGCCCGGCAGCAACGCGAGGCCAAGGCCGUGGACGAGUUCACGGUCCCGGAGGAUAAAGAAGACGAGCUGAAGUCCGCCCGUCCUCGCGUGGAGCGUGUUUUCAAAGUGGCGUUCACGAUCAUCGGGCUGCUGGACCACACGGGACAAGCCCACGGGAGCACGGCUGCGCGGCAGAUAUGGCUGAAGCUCGGAGGAAAUACCGACGACGUUUCCAAAGCAAAGGAGUACGUCCGGGGACUGUGUGACCCAGAACUGAAGAAAGAAGAGCGGUACCCGGUGGACAUGCACUGUAUCUUUGCUGGAGCCCGGGGCCUCUUUUUAGACAGACUCAUGCGGGACACAAGUGCAGAGGUUUUGGUCACUGAGCCGGGACGCCUGCGGUUGGUGGGCCGCGCUGAGCCUGUAGUCAUGGCGCAGAGCAGAGUUCAGCAGUUUGUUGCACUUUUCCAGGAGAAACGAAGUCUACUCAGUGACCGAGAGCAAGGGGUGAAACGGGCGUUCAAGUCCUUUGUUGAAGAAAGAGAUGAUAAGUACACCAUGGAGCUUCUUCUGCUGCCCAGUGCCCUGAAAGAAGAGUUAUUAGGAUUGGCUCACAGUCCUACCAGCUCAAAUACACACUCUCUGGCUCAUCUGAACCAGAACCUUCAUCCGAGUAUUGCGGAGAUCGACCAAGACCGCUCACAGAGUAGCACCCCCGUGACGGAGCUCUCCAUCCGCAUCCUCGACACCAGCUUCGAGGACAGAGGAACAAAGACUUUUGGAGAGGGUGCGGCAAAAGCGGUAUUAGCGACAGCCGCGACAGCAGGAGGCGGCAUUGGUUUGGGUCCUGAAGCCGUCCUGCUGAAUGGCACCAGGCCUUCGCACAAGCGGCGCUUUUCUGAGAGCGAACCUCGGGACACAAAGAGACAGUACUCUCUGGAGCGAAGAGACGAGUCUCCUGAGAGGUCAAGGGACAGAGAGCGACACCGGGACAGAGAAUACCACAGUGGCAGUAGUAGCGGUCGAUCCAAAACGCCGUCUGCUUCAUCGACACUGUACUCCUCUUCAUCAGCUAAAGCAAACACUGUCGCUGGCACCGUAAUGCUGGACCCGGGUGAGGGUAUCGCAGAUGACAAUGAAGCGGUCAGCCCGGAAACCAACCUGCGGUGCUUGGUCAAUUUCUUUAGAACCAUGGGUUACCAGGAGGAAGUUGUGGAGCGUGUCAUCAGGAAGACGGGACAGCUGGAAGACACCUUCCUCAUUCUUGAGAAAAUUGUGGCAGAAACAAAGAUUUGUGAGGAAAGAAUGAAAAGGGGAACAAAAGACACUAAACUGAACAAUGGGCGCCCCUCUGACCUUCCCUCAGCCUCCUCCACGUUACCGUCCUCCUCUGUAGAGAAGGAACGGGAGCCAGGCCGGUCCAAAGAGAACAUUAAACCCAGCCAGCAUGGAGCCAGCAGUAACGGCUUGGGCCAUCGGAGGCAGUGCAGUGGAAGCGAGACCAGCACCCAACAGGCCAUCACCAUCAAGAGGAGCUCUAGUGCCCAAGGAGGAGCUGGCAACUAUGAGGUCAUUACCAUUGAUGAUGACGAUGACGUCGCCGUCACCAGUAUCAAAACAGCAGACAGUCGAACAUCCAAAGUGACAAUGGCCCACGCUGACACUCAGACUGGAUCCAGAACGGACUACUUAGCAAGGGGAGGUGGCAGCAUGUCGCAGAGGGAUCCCCUGUCAAGAAGCGGGACUCGGACUUUGGGCGGAUCGAUGAAAGUUGAGAGCGUAACAGCACUGCGCAGCUCGUCCCAGUGGCUGGCGGCCAGCACCACCUCUGUGGCGUCCACCCCAAAUUCAUCCCUCACCGCGGGCCGGCCUUCGCUGUAUCAGACGAUCGGUCACGUGGGCUUCCAAAACAGCGGAGCGAGGAACCCUUCUACAAACAAUUCCCAGGCCCCCCCGGUGACCGGCUUGGCUCGUUUCCACCAAUCAUUAAAAACUCCUUACACACUGAAACUACCCAAUGAGCCGGGACGAUCGGAGCUCCGUCAUAUCAUCAUAGACGGCAGCAAUGUGGCUAUGGCUCACGGGCUGAAUCGGUUCUUCUCCUGUCGAGGGAUAGCGCUUGCAGUGGAAACAUUUUGGAGGCGGGGCCACAGGGAGAUCACUGUAUUUGUUCCUCAGUGGCGCCAGAAGAGAGACCAAAACACAACAGAACAACAUUUUUUAAAUCAACUAGAAGACCUGAGGCUCCUCUCCUUCACACCCUCAAGAGAGGUCUGCGGCCAAAGGAUAGCUUCACAUGACGACAGAUUCCUGCUCCAUUUAGCAGAAAAAACAGAGGGGAUCAUCGUAACCAAUGACAACCUGAGAGACUUUGUCAACUCUUCUGACACCUGGCGCAGGAUCAUUGUGGAGAGGUUACUGCAGUUUACUUUUGUGGAGAACCAUUUCAUGAUCCCUGACGAUCCUCUGGGGAGAAACGGACCUCAUCUGGACUCCUUCCUUUGUAAAAACCGACAAUUCCCCUUCACCCAUCCCCCGCUGAGACCGCCAGACCUGCGUCUGUCCUCCCAGCAGCAGCAGCCGCCACUCUACGUCCAGGCCCUCCACUCCGCCCCGUGGACCCCGACAGUCGCGCCCCAGCCACCAUCCUCCCUGAUGCCCCACCCGGGGCGCCGUAACGCCUCCUCCUCCUCCUCGCCCUCCCCGUCGCCGCCUCCGCAGCGCUCAGCGGGCGAGACGUCGGAGCUGAGAAGGCAACUGUGCGACAUCUUCCCCGACCAGCAGCAACAAAUUGACCGCAUCCUCAGCGAGAACCCGUACAUGAGAGACUUGAACGCCCUGUCGGGGCUGCUGCUGGGAUGAUUCAAAUCCUGGAGAGUCUUACAUUUCAUGUUGUACAGAUGUAAUUAAUUCACUAGUCAAUUCUGUUUGGGUCAACACUUCCAAAAAAUAUUUUUAAAGCAGUUUUUUUUUGGCUCCCUUUCAGUUUGUCCAAGCAACACCCAAUGAUGGAUGUAGUGGGGGGGGAAAAAAACCACACCAGUGCUACCUAACUCAUGUCAAACAAAGACAACCCAAAUUCUUUAGUCACGUGUAGAAUAUUCCGUUUUUGUGGUUAAAGACAGUGUACAGUCAAUGCAGAAAAAUACCAUAUUUGCGUCUUAUCAAAAAAAAAAACGUGCAGGGAAAUUGUGGAAUCGCUUUUUUUGUAUACCUGUUGCUGAAUUUAAAGCAACAUUGCACAUUUGUAUCCCUUCAAAAUGUAUAUUUGGACUUUGACGUGAUGCUUCUUUAUACACUACAAGGACACCUUAAGAUUCAUGUAAAGGACUACUAAUAUUGUAGUAGCCAUUCGUCAGUUGAGUUUGCAGCCUUAAUUGUUGGAGCGGCGUUGUUAUUUUGGUGGGCUGCGGCAUAUUUCUCUUGUAUACAUGUUUACGGCCAAAAGUUUGGACACACCUUCUCAUUCGAUGCAUGGUUUUUUCAUGACUAUUUAAAUUGUAGAUUUGUCAGUGAAGGCAUCAAAACUAUGAAUGAACACACGUGGAGUUAUGUACUUAACGAAAAAAGGUGAAAUAACUGAAAGCAUGUUUUAUAUUCUGGUUCCUUCAAAUAGGUUGCACACUCUUGGCAUUCUCUCGACCUGUGAAGCGAAAACCAUUUCAGGUGACGACCUCUUGAAGCCCAUCGAGAGAAUGCCAAGAGUGUGCGAAAAAGUAACCAGAGCAAAGGGUGGCUAUUUUGAAGAAACUAGAAUAUAAAACAUGUUUUCAGUUAUUUCACCUUUUUUUUUGUUAAGUACAUAACUCCACGUGUUCAUUCAUAGUUUUGAUGCCUUCAGUGACAAUCUACAAUGUAAAUAGUCAUGAAAAUAAAGAAAACGCAUUGAAUGAGGAGAAGGUGUGUCCAAACUUUAGUCCUGUUCUGUAUUUGUUUACGGCAUGCAGACAAGAGCGCUGCAUUGUGUUUAAAAAUGUGAUUUUGAGUCACUCCAACCCGUUUGAAACCCGCCAAGCAUUACAAGUCCGGUUUAUUUGCGUUGUACAAAUGGCGGAUUGAGUAGUAGCAAAGAAAGAUGUACAGUUGAGUUGUUUCCUUUCACCCGCCAUCAGAAUGUAGACCGGAAGCUCCCCUGCAUGCAUGUGUCAUGUGCAUCGGUUUUGUAAUACGCCUACGCUUCCUUGCAAGAUGUCUUGUUGUAAGUAUUGCUGAAGGAUGGUUUUUAUAUAGAUAUAUAUACAUAUAUAUAUACACUACCGUUCAAAAGUUUGGGGUCACAUUGAAAUGUCCUUAUUUUUGAAGGAAAAGCACUGUACUUUUCAAUGAAGAUAACUUUAAACUCGUCUUAACUUGAAAGAAAUACACUCUAUACAUUGCUAAUGUGGUAAAUGACUAUUCUAGCUGCAAAUGUCUGGUUUUUGGUGCAAUAUCUACAUAGGUGUAUAGAGGCCCAUUUCCAGAAGCUAUCACUCCAGUGUUCUAAUGGUACAAUGUGUUUGCUCAUUGGCUCAGAAGGCUAAUUGAUGAUUAGAAAACCCUUGUGCAAUCAUGUUCACACAUCUGAAAACAGUUUAGCUCGUUACAGAAGCUACAAAACUGACCUUUGAGCAGAUUGAGUUUCUGGAGCAUCACAUUUGUGGGGGUCAAUUAAACGCUCAAAAUGGCCAGAAAAAGAGAACUUUCAUCUGAAACUCGACAGUCUAUUCUUGUUCUUAGAAAUGAAGGCUAUUCCACAAAAUUGUUUGGGUGACCCCAAACUUUUGAACGGUGGUGUAUAUAUAUAUAUAUAUAUAUAUUAUACUGCAGUUUCUUUUGUAAAUUGCAUUUUUUUUGGACUUGUGGUUUGGAUUUAUGUGAAGGACAAUAAAUGCCGCAUUUAUGCAUUCUUUUUUCAGGAUGCAAUGACGGCCAAAGCAUAGGUUCGAGUGCUUUCUUGACAGUCGCGCUCAAAAGGAGAAUGUAAAUAAUCGGGUUUCCUUUUCAGGAUCAAUAAAGAAAUAUAUUACCACUGAGUGACUACUGCAAAUGUGAGGGGCGUUGUACACAUUGAUUUGUUACAUUUUGUUAAGGACAAUCAAGGGUCACCCGGAUUAAAAGGAAUUUCCUCAAAUGUGGCUCAGCGGUGUGCGUUCUGUUUUCAUGCCUGUAUGCAAGUCCUACUUUGUUUACCAGCUAAAGUGCUAAUGAGGCAUCCUUUCACAUUUGAACCAUUAAUUUGAUAUAAAAACUGGAUUCAUUUUAAUUAAUUU